ACUCCACUCCUGAUGCUAAAUCGCCAACUUACCACCGAGUCAUCACCGGACAAGGCAUGGCACAUCUUGGCCCUCCUCCUCUCCCUUGGCCGGCCGGCCUCGCUGGCCGAGAUCUCCUCUCGAUGCACACUCUUCCCCGCAACUCCCAACCUCAUCCACUCCCUCUGCCAAAUUCCUUACUCUCCCAUUUCACUUACAAAGGAUUUCUCUGUCACUCUCUCUGUAACCGCCUUCCUAUCUUUCACCGAACUCGUCGCCAAAAAUAUUGUUCCUCUAGAUUCUCCCAAGCCUCGGAUUCAGCAUGGGUCCUGCUCCGAAGACUUCUUGAGCGUGCUUUUUAGGAAGCGAAAACGAUCUCCUUUUGAUGAUUCUGAUGGCAGUGAAGUAACAUUGCCUAAGAGGAUUCGAAAUGCUUCUGCAAAGGUAUUUCAUCAAAUAACUGAUGGUGUCAGCAGAAGCAUAAAUACACAGCGAAGUCGCAUGUCAGUCAUGUUAAAUCAAGUGGUGCUUGAGCCUCCCUUAUUUCUUAAAUUCAGUUCUGAUCAGUUAAAUUUUAAGCUCUGGGAAGUUGGAAACGUGGAAGGUGAAGCAGAUAUGAAUACAUUUGCACUAAGGAUGGUGCCAAAAAGGUUAAUGAUUAGCGGGUCUAACUUGGAAUUAGAUCUUCCAAGUAGAUUAUUUCAUGAUAGGCAUCUGAAUAGAAGCAUAAGUCAUAAUGCCCCAUCUUGUCCAGAAGAUGCCAAACAAAGCAGUAUACUUUCUGCUGAUUCUGGGGUUAUUAAUGAUGGCAGUAGAGCUACAAGUAUUGCAGCUAUUGAAUGCGAAAGGAUUGGUGAAGGCAAGGAGGAAGAACAAUUAAUUGAGUUAGAUAGUCUGAAAGGAAAAGGAACUCUCUCCCCGGUGUUAGAUACUGCUCUGAUUGAUAUCCGUCCUGAUAGAGAAUCUAAUAGGACUAACACUUUGAUUUCUGGUGGUAAUGAACUAACAUUGGAUAAAGAUCCCAUCACUAUGCAUGUGAAUGACAGGGUUAUCUCAUCAGCAACUGAGCUUCCUGUUGCCAAUAAGCUGUUGAGGAAACCCUUUUCCAGGAAAGAUUUUCGUCACAAGGAUGGAAUAGAUUCAAAACAGCAAACUCUCAGCAAGUUCUUGGGGCGACAUAAGGCUUUUAAUACUUCCAAAGAUGAGCAGCACUGUAAAAGAGAUUUGGUGUCAGUCGUUGUUGGCCUGAAGGCAAAACGGAAUCAAAAUGACAUACAAAAGGGAAACUCUACCUCUAUUUCUCCUAAGGAUCAGGCAAAGCAAAAAGUACUACCUAACUUUGAAUCAUAUAUUGUAGAAGAGGAAGAAGGUUCAGGUGGCUAUGGCACAGUUUUCAGAGCACGGAGGAAGAGUGAUGGAACUUUAGUUGCUAUUAAAUGCCCUCAUGCAAAUGCUAAUAAACACCAUGUUAACAAUGAACUGAGAAUGCUGGAGCGUUUUGGGGGAAAAAACUUUAUUAUAAAAUAUCAAGGCUGUUUUAAGAGUGGAGAUUCUGACUGCUUGGUUCUAGAGCAUGUUAAGCAUGACAGACCCGAGGUUCUGAAAAAGGAGAUAGAUAUUUCUGAGAUACAGUGGUAUGGCUACUGUAUGUUCCGAGCACUUGCAAGUUUGCAUAAGCAGGGAACAGUUCACAGAGAUGUUAAGCCUGGAAAUUUCCUUUUCUCUCGUAAGGCAACUAAAGGUUAUCUUAUUGAUUUCAAUCUUGCAAUGGAUCUGCAUCACAAGUAUGGAAUUAUAAACAAAUCAAAGGUGGGGUAUGAUGUAAGCUUAAAUCAUGUUACUCUUCCUAGUGCAAAAUACAUACCUCCUACCAAUAGUAGGAAGGUUCCAAGUGGUAAAACUUUGGCUGCAGUCAACCAAGAGGCAACCAAGGGCUCCAAUUCUACUUUAGAACAUAAAAACCUGAAGAGAAAGGCUGCAGGACAAGCAAAAGCCUGCAACGACUUGGGUAGUUGGAGCAUGAUCAACAGUCAAGGUGCAGAUGGCUCAGGCAUAACCUCUACAAAAGAUGUGACUAGCACGAAGACUCCAUCUGCAGAAAGGUUGAGAGAACCUUUACCAUGCCAUGGUAGGAAGGAGCUCAUCAGCCUACUACAGCAAGCAAUGCAGAGUCCGAAUCAUCAAACAUUACAUUUUCCAGCUCCUAUGAGAAAGCGGGUUGCUGCCCCUCCUGGAAAAGUGGAUAGAGAGCUUGUGUAUCUUACUCCAAUGCCUCUGCACUCGAGUGGUAUUGCUGUUGCUGGAGCUGGCUUGAGGAAUAAAGGAAAUGCCAAGAACAAAAAAGAAGGUCCUUGUGCUGGAACCAAAGGAUUUCGAGCUCCAGAGGUUUUGUUUAGAUCUCAACAUCAAGGUCCAAAGGUUGAUAUCUGGUCCGCUGGGGUCACCUUACUCUAUCUAAUGAUUGGAAGAGCACCGUUUUUUGGCGAUCCUGAACAGAACAUAAAGGAGAUUGUAAAAUUGAAGGGUAGCGAAGAAGUAUGGGAAGUUGCUAAACUACACAACCGGGAAUCCUCAUUCCCUGAGGACCUCUAUGAUACGCAAUCUUUGGGACCUAUGAACCUACGGGAGUGGUGUAAAAUGAACACAAAGAGACAAGACUUCCUUGGGGUAAUCCCAAGUUCACUUUUUGAUCUAGUGGACAAGUGCUUGACGGUAAACCCAAGACUGAGGCUCAGUGCAGAAGAUGCUCUCAAACACGAGUUGUUUGCUCCAUGUCAUGAAAGCCUGAAAAAGCACAAGUUGCUCAGGCAGGGGGUCGCCCUUGAGAACACAACUGCCCAUCAAUCACAAAAACAAAGCUUUGCUGGGCCUGUGAAUUUUUCUCGGUAGCUAGCUUUUCGAAACUUAAAUCUGUAGUUAUUGCUAAUUCUUUGCUUGCAGCUG